AUGGGUAAUAGUCACAGAAAACAGAAACUAAAGAUCCAAGAUUUCAAGAAGAAGAAACUGAAGGUAGGUAAACCUCAGGAUAAACCAAGCAAUUUAACAGAUGCAUCGUUUAGUUCCCGUACGAUUAAUAUCAAGAAACAAUAUCUUGAAACUAACUCUGAUUUAAGCAAACGUUUGCCUCUGUUGAAGCAUCAUAACAAUACAGUAAGGAAAGAAACAAUUCAAUUAUUUCAAAAAAUGCUUCCUAAAAUUAUCAAUUCCACUCUAUUGAGUCCUCUGAUUACUAAAAGUAUUCCAUUAAUUUGCGAUGAAUCCAGACAAGUGCGCGAAGCAUACGUUGAGUUCAUUGACGAAAUUGGCAAAAUCAAUCCUCAAGUGUUACAAUUACACUCUAAAAUAUUUGUACUGUAUAUCAGCAUGUCAAUGACACAUAUUGUUCCCAGCAUCCAAGCUGAUUCGAGCAAGGUUCUUGGAGUUUUAUUGAAAUAUUGUGGUGAGGAAAUAUGUAAACAAUCGUGGACAAAACUAUUAACAGGGUUAUUAUCAGUAUUAGGAUGGGGCACCGUUGGUAAGAAUGAGAAGUCUAGUAUAGCACAUACCAGAAAAAAAGAUGCAAAGACAACUAAUAUCCAUUUACAAACACUAUGCGAGUUCAUUAGGUGGGGGUGUACUGAUCUAACUGCGUUGAAUGAAGAAAUAGAUGAAGAAGGCAACUCUGUAAUUGAAAAUAUUAAAAAUCCAUAUUUAAUUUCAAAACAUCCAAACCCAUAUGAAUUUUUAAGAUUAUUCGAUAAAGUAUUAACUAAUAAAAAUAAAAAUGAGAACAAUGCCGAUAACAAUAAAACAAAUGAAUCAAACAAUCCACGAGAUUCAUCCUCCCAGCAUUUAACUGACCCGUAA